ACAUGGUGGCGGUGUCAAUAUUGUAGUUAAACUUGCUUUUGUUGCCAUGCAGUCACUUGUGUUGUUCUAGCUGUCAGAAAACCACUAUAUGUAAGAUUGUGUCAAAUAUUUAACAGCACAUAUCUAUCUGAAUGUUCCGCAUCGUUCUGAACGCGUCCACUAGUGUACCUUGCGUUACGUUCAGGACGACGUCAGGAAUCCUGCGUUCAUCUGCGCAGCUGUCGUUCUCUCCACUGGUUCUAUUCCGAGAGUAGUUAGCGGCAGAGCGGCUUCAAAACAGCACCAACUCAAAGCAGGGGUUCAUCUUAUAGAUGUCAGACUGAAGACAGACCCAGCCACCAGCGGUACUGACACAGAGAGACGUUUAGUAAAGUAGGGCUGGACACAGGUGGACUUUCACGUCGUCGGCGUUGUGACAACAACAUAGACCAACGCAAUGAGCAGCAAUAAUGAACCCCGCUUUGAUCCAAAGGAGCACCAGCACCUGCGCUACAACCCCCUCCGGGACACGUGGGUUCUGGUGUCGGCCCACAGGAUGAAGAGACCCUGGAGUGGCCAGGUGGAGAAGGAAGAGGAGGACCAAGUACCUCAACAUGACCCAAACAACCCCCUCUGUCCGGGGAACACCAGGGCCAACGGAGAGGUGAACCCUGACUACAACAACACAUUUGUAUUUGAGAAUGACUUCCCAGCCCUGCAGCCUGAUGCUCCUGACCCAGGAUAUAACCAACAUCCACUGUUCCAGUCUAAAGCAGCCCGGGGCGUCUGCAAGGUGAUGUGUUUCCACCCCUGGUCUGACGUCACACUGCCUCUCAUGACGCUUCCUGACAUCAUCAAAGUGAUUGACAAGUGGGCGGAACUGAUGGUGGAUCUAGGCUCCACCUACCCCUGGGUCCAGAUCUUUGAGAAUAAAGGAGCCAUGAUGGGCUGUUCCAACCCCCAUCCUCACUGCCAGGUGUGGGCCAGUAACUUCCUGCCUAAUGAAGCCACCCUGUCGGACCGCUGUCAGAGAGAAUACCUGAAGACCCACGGAGAACCUCUACUGCUGCAGUACGCUAAGAUGGAGGCAGAGAGACAGGAGCGUGUAGUGGUGCAGAAUGCUGAUUGGCUGGCUGUGGUUCCAUACUGGGCCACCUGGCCGUUCCAGACGUUGCUGUUACCACGGAGACAUGUCCAGAGACUGACUAACCUCACCGCCCAGGAGAGAGAGGGACUGGCCUCCAUUAUGAAGAGACUCUUGACUAAAUAUGAUAACCUGUUUCAGAUCUCCUUCCCCUACUCCAUGGGCUGGCACGGCGCCCCUACCGGCCCCUAUCUUAAAGAGGACCAGUUCCACUGGCAGCUCCAUGCUCACUACUACCCUCCCCUGCUCCGAUCUGCCGGCGUACGCAAGUUCAUGGUGGGAUAUGAAAUGCUGGCGCAGGAGCAGAGAGACCUUACACCUGAACAGGCUGCUGAACGACUGAGGAACCUUCCAGAAGAACACUACAAGACCAUUGAGACGGGAGGAGAGACACCUCUAACACACCUCUGACUCUAAACACACCUCUGACUCUAACCACACCUCUGACUCUAAACACACCUCUGACUCUAACCACACCUCUGACUCUACCACACCUCUGACUCUACCACACCUCUGACUCUACCACACCUCUGACCCUACCACACCUCUGACCCUACCACACCUCUGACUCUAACCACACCUCUGACUCUAAACACACCCCUGACACUACCACACCUCUGACUCUAACCACACCUCUUACUCUACCACACCUCUGACUCUAACCACACAUCUGACUCUACCACACCUCUGACUCUAACCACACCUCUGACUCUAACCACACCUCUGACUCUACCACACCUCUGACUCUAACCACACCUCUGACUCUAACCACACCUCUGACUCUACCACACCUCUGACCCUACCACACCUCUGACUCUAACCACACCUCUGACUCUACCACACCUCUGACUCUAACCACACCUCUGACUCUAACCACACCUCUGACUCUACCACACCUCUGACCCUACCACACCUCUGACCCUACCACACCUCUGACUCUAACCACACCUCUGACUCUACCACACCUCUUACUCUACCACACCUCUGACUCUAACUACACCUCUGACUCUAAACACACCUCUUACUCUACCACACCUCUGACUCUACCACACCUCUGACUCUAAACACACCUCUUACUCUACCACACCUCUGACUCUAACCACACCUCUGACUCUAACCACACCUCUGACUCUAAACACACCUCUGACUCUAACCACACCUCUGACUCUAACCACACCUCUGACUCUAACCACACCUCUGACUCUACCACACCUCUGACUCUACCACACCUCUGACCCUACCACACCUCUGACCCUACCACACCUCUGACUCUAACCACACCUCUGACCCUACCACACCUCUGACUCUAACCACACCUCUGACUCUAACCACACCUCUGACUCUAAACACACCUCUGACUCUAACCACACCUCUGACUCUAACCACACCUCUGACUCUAACCACAUCUCUGACCCUACCACACCUCUGACCCUACCACACCUCUGACUCUAACCACACCUCUGACUCUACCACACCUCUGACUCUACCACACCUCUGACUCUACCACACCUCUGACUCUACCACACCUCUGACUCUACCACACCUCUGACCCUACCACACCUCUGACUCUAACCACACCUCUGACCCUACCACACCUCUGACUCUACCACACCUCUGACUCUACCACACCUCUGACUCUACCACACCUCUGACUCUAACCACACCUCUGACCCUACCACACCUCUGAUUCUAACCACACCUCUGAUCCUGACUCUACCACACCUCUGACUCUACCCACACCUCUGACUCUAACCACACCUUUGAUCCUGACUCUACCACACCUCUGACUCUACCACACCUCUGACUCUGACUCUAACCACACCUCUGAUCCUGACUCUACCACACCUCUGACUCUACCACACCUCUGACUCUAACCACACCUCUGACCCUACCACACCUCUGACUCUAAACACACCUCUGACUCUAAACACACCUCUGACUCUAACCACACCUCUGACUCUAAACACACCCCUGACUCUAAACACACCCCUGACUCUAACCACACCUCUGACUCUACCACACCUCUGACUCUAACCACACCUCUGACUCUAACCACACCUCUGACUCUAACCACACCUCUGACUCUACCACACCUCUGACUCUACCACACCUCUGACUCUAACCACACCUCUGACUCUAACCACACCUCUGACUCUACCACACCUCUGACUCUAACCACACCUCUGACUCUAACCACACCUCUGACUCUAACCACACCUCUGACUCUAACCACACCCCUGACCCUACCACACCUCUGACUCUAACCACACCUCUGACUCUAACCACACCUCUGACCCUACCACACCUCUGACUCUAACCACACCUCUGACUCUAACCACACCUCUGACUCUACCACACCUCUGACUCUAACCACACCCCUGACCCUACCACACCUCUGACUCUAAACACACCUCUGACUCUACCACACCUCUGACUCUGUCACAGGAUCAUCAACUAGAUUCAGCAGCAUACCGCCAGUUGGUGAACGAAUAACAGGAAGUGCCUAUCAAAACAGUUUGAUAAUACUAAAUCUCUUUUUGGGGUGAAUUUGGAGGGAAAUAUAUAAUAUUUCUGACAGUGCCUCCAGAAAGGUUUCACAGUUGUUCCACAUUCUGUUGUGUUACAGCCUGAAGUAAAAAUGAAUUAAAUUAAGAUUUUAUGUCACUGGCCUACACACAAUAACCCAUACUGUUCAAUUGGAAUAAUGUUUGUAAAUUGAUUAAAAAUAAAAAGCUAAAAUGUCUU